CCUCGACUUCCGUCUACGUCAGUCACUCUCACAACAGGGACUAUGGCGGCCAGCUCAGACAGGAAUCCUCCUCCUUUCCCCGCAGCUGAGGAGCCAGAAGCUGGACUGUGUGACAUGGCAGAUGGAGACAGCGACGAGGGAGAGGACAUCUUCGUUAGUAACAGUAACCCUGUGGCUGUGAGUCGAGGAGUUUCUCAGCCGGACCAUGUCAGUGAAGAGCCUCCAGAUUUGUUCAGUGAGGAGGAGACCAUCAACACAACUGCCAAAUCCAACGGAGUUCACUCUGAUGAUGACAACGACCUGUUUGGUGAGGCACAUGUGGAGCUGAGCACAGACAAGCCUGGUAGCUCUGGUAGGAAGGAGCUCUCCGCCUCUUCUGGCCCUCGUCCUGCCUCCUCGUUCGCUCAGAGCCCUGCAUCCAUGGAGCCCACCUCCUUGGAGCAGUUGGAGGAGGAAGAAGCUAAGGACAGUUUUGAUGUGGAUGUUGCUGUCACCAACCCUGAGAAAAUUGGAGACGGCAUGAACGCAUAUGUGGCCUACAAAGUAUCCACCAGGACUUCCUUGCCCAUGUUCAGGAGUAAGACCUUCUCUGUGAGGAGGCGUUUCAGUGACUUCCUGGGUCUUUAUGAGAAGCUGUCUGUCAAGCAAUCGCUCCAUGGCUGCGUCAUUCCACCACCACCUGAGAAAAGCGUUGUAGGAAUGACCAAGGUGAAGGUGGGAAUGGACGACCCAUCGUCAGUAGAGUUUGUGGAGAGAAGGAGAGCAGCUCUGGAGAGAUAUCUUCAGAGAGUGGUGUCUCAUCCAUCGUUACUGCAAGAUCCUGAUGUCCGUGAAUUCUUGGAGAGAGACGAUCUACCCAGGGCAGUGAACACCCAGGCGCUGAGUGGAGCUGGUUUCCUCAAGAUGAUCAAUAAGGCAUCAGAUGCUGUCAACAAGAUGACCAUCAAGAUGAAUGAGUCUGACACUUGGUUUGAGGACAAGUUUCAGGAGGUGGAGAAUGAGGAGCAGCAGUUGAGAAAGCUUCAUGCCGUGGUCGACUCCCUGGUUAAUCACAGGAAGGAGCUGUGUGGGAACACAGCAGUAUUUGCCAAAAGUAUGGCCAUGUUGGGAAACUCUGAGGACAACACAGCCCUGUCACGGGCCCUGUCCCAGCUGGCAGAGGUGGAGGACAAGAUGGAGCAGCUGCAUCAGGAGCAGGCAGCCAGUGACUUCUUCAUCUUUGCAGAGCUGCUGGCUGACUACAUCCGCUUGCUGGGUGCUGUGCGGGGCUGUUUUGACCAGCGCAUGCGGGCGUGGCAACGAUGGCAGGAGGCUCAGAGCACACUCCAGAAGAAGAGAGAGGCCGAGGCCAAGCUGCUGUGGGCCAACAAGCCGGAUAAACUGCAGCAGGCCAAAGAGGAGAUCGCUGAGUGGGAGGCGAGAGUUACUCAGUACGAGAGAGACUUUGACAGGAUUGGCAUGACUGUACGCAAGGAGGUUCUUAGAUUUGAGAAAGAAAAAGCCAAGGAUUUCAAGAGCCAGAUAAUCAAAUAUUUGGAGGCAAUGCUGCAGUCUCAACAACGGCUCAUAAAGUUUUGGGAGGCAUUCCUGCCUGAGGCAAAGGCAAUAGCUUAAUGAAGAGAGAGACUUUUCAAAGACCCCGACUGCCUUUUUUGAACACUUUACCUCUUGACCUGAAACUGAGAGGACAAUUUUGAGACACACAAGAAACUUCCAUCCAUUUUUUUUUCUUUUGUCUUUUUAAUCAUAGUGUAUUCUCUUAUCUUGUACAGUUCUUUGAUAUAAUAAGCUGCCACAUUUACAUAACAUUUCUUUUUCUUUGUUUAUGGCUUAAAGAUGGUAUAAAGCAGGCAUCCAGCAGAGGUUAACCUGGCCGUAGUAUUUGUAAAACCCAUUGUCAGUGGGAUAUAUAUUUAUGUUUCUCGCUUAAACCAGUAUAUUAAAGAGUUAACACAGAGGUACUGCCCUAGAGUAACAUUGUCUAUAGUUUACAUUAGAAGAUAGACGUAUGUAAGUCAUUCCAGUCUCUAACAUCUUAUGUUGAUGGAUGCAUGUCAGAUAAUGUUUUGAUGCACUAAAAUGUAUUGUACAGUUGGAAAAGCUCUUUUGUUUUUUUCUAAUAAAAUACCACUAUUAAUGACUGAGGUCAUUUACCAGGAGUAUUCACACAUUGUUACAGUGUAUCACACAGUGCAUAUUAGAUCAUAGAAACCAUAUUAAAACUGAGAUUUGACAAGGUUACAGGCUUGUCAGAGUUGUUACAAAGUGAUGAUAGAAAUUUAAGGUUACAGUGAGUGCAGGUUGAGAAAAUGCACUCACUGCUUUGUUGGUAUUUUCUACAAUGAUGUAUUUGCUAGAGUCAUGUUUAUUGUAUUAAUCAGUUUCUUCCACAACAGUUUUAAGUACUUAUAUUUUUGUGUCAGAGAUCGAGGCCCAGAGGAACUCAUGUGGAACUGCUGCAGAGAUUGUUUACCGACCAUGUAAAUGACUCUUCACAUGUAUUUACACAUGUAUAGUACUUGAAUUGAAUCAUACAACCUCUGUCAGAUAUUAUUUGUAACCACACAUUUUUUGAUAAAUUGGUUUAAUGAUGACAGAAAGGCACAGACAUUCAAGUGAUACGGUCCCUUAUUUUCAUAUUCAGCAUUUGUAAGUGUAUUUCUGUCAUGUCACAUUUACGUAAGAAUGUGCUUUAUUUUUGUAACCACUUUGCAUUAGUGAACACAUUUUCCUGGAAAUGCUAUACAGGUAGAUGUACAAAAUAAAAUAUGAUUGGUUAAA